CCCCAGGACUGCAAUCAACCUGGUAGACUCAGUCCAGGCAGGUCCAGUCCCUUCUUCCCAGACUGAGCCAAGCGUCCCUGCAUAAGCUCCAGGUUUCAAACAGGCUGCCUCUACUUUGACAGAGAAAAGGGAGUGCUCUGGGAGGGCCUGCCAAUCAAGGACCUGGGACCUGAGCAGGAAGACACUAAAAGGCAGGCAAGGGUGCAGGGACAGGCAGGUGAGCAACAUGGACACCUCCAGUUCCUCCCAAAUUCUGUUUACUACCUUCGUCCUAAGAUCCCAAGCAUAAUCUGACAGCUGCUGCUGAAGGGUAAAGCCUGGAGACCUGAGUGUCCACACUGACUGGGACCCCUUACCAAAGGACCUCGGUGGCCCUUUCUUCUCAUCUGGAAAGUGGGAGGUAGGAUUUGAAAGCUCUGAGGAUCCCUUGAGCUCUGGCAGGCUGUGGACUGCCCUGGUCUUUGGAGCCAGGCCAGUGUGGUAGUGGUUCUGGGAGGGGCUGCUUGCAACCACCGUAGACACUGAUCCGGGCCUUCCCCAACCUCCAGCUAAUGGUGGCUAAGGCUGUCGUUAUUGUGCUUUGUUUUGGUUUGGGAUUUGUUUGGUUUGGUUAGUUGGUUUCUGGGGUUUUUGUUUGUUUGUUUUGUUUGGUUGGUUUGGUUCCCCUGCUCCCAAGACAGUUUUUCUCUAUGCAGCUCUGCAUGUCCUAGAACUUACUCUGUAGAGCAGGCUGGCCACAAACUCAGAGGUCCGCCUGCCUCUGCCUCCUGAGUGCACCACCACCACCUGGCUUGUUAUUUAUUUAUUUUUUAUGGUGCUAAAAAUAGAUAGAACCCAAAACCUCAAGCUGCUAGGCAAGUGCUCUGCCACUGAACUACAUCUCAACAUGUCACAUUCUUGUCUCAGGUGUCAUUUAGCACCAUGGAUAGAUAGAGGAUAUUUGAAUGUGAUGUUUAGUAGGUAGCCUCUCCUCUAUAACCAGAGCUGGACACCACAGAUGUGCUGAGAUUGGGAUUCAGCUCUGCUUAUAUGGGGUCCGGUCCCUGUUGUUUCGGGGACUGGGAGAUUCUCUGGCUCAGAAUUCACUCUGCAGCUGGCCACAUGAGGAGAAGGCAUUCACAGGAUACUAUUGGGAGACUGACAUGGACAUACCCCUAGUCUGCCACCAAGCACAGCUUAGGUGCCCCCACUGGUGGGACAUCCCUUGAACAAAUGGAUCUUGUUCUGGGGCUGGGGAUGUAACUCCAUUGGUGGAGUGCCUCCCUAGUAUGCACAAGGCCCUGGAUUUGACCCCAGAACAACAUAAACUGGAUAUGGUGGUUUAUGCCUGUUAUUCUAGGACUUUGGAGGUGGAGGCUGGAGGAUCAGAAGUUUAAGGUUGCUUCUGGGAUGCAUGAGAUUAUGUUUUAAGAAAAAGAAAAAAGGUUGCUUUUUAAUCCCAUUACUUUGCAAUCACUAAGAGGCAGACAGGCAACAGUUUGUAGACAGAAAGGCUGAUCAGCGAAGAGUCCUGCCCAAGCUCGCAGUGGGAAGAGAGCCCAGCUGCACACAUGUCACACGGGGCCACUCCUGAGCUUACCUCACCCCUCGAAGUACUCUACCCUAGAGAAAUGUCAGCAGAGACUGCUCCCUGAAGAGACCUCAGCUCCCAUCCCAGGUGGGGCUGCACGGAGGCUUCAGGCUAGGAGGGGCCUGAAAGCUGAUCUCUAGGAAGGCGUGGCUCUAAAACACAGGCAGAUAAAAGCCUGGAGGGCCGGCACCAGUUUGGAGACCAGCAGGAGGCCCUGGGAGUCUCCAGCCUGUUUCUGCUGGACAGAUGCCCAUGGCCCCACGUGUCCUGCUCCUCUGCCUGCUGGUCCUGGCAGUCACUGAAGGCCAUUGUCGGGAGGCAGCCAUCCCAGGCUGCCACUUGCACCCCUUCAAUGUGACAGUGCGAAGUGACCGCCAUGGCACCUGCCAGGGCUCCCAUGUGGCACAGGCCUGUGUAGGACACUGUGAAUCUAGUGCCUUCCCGUCCCGGUACUCCGUGCUGGUGGCCAGUGGCUAUCGACACAACAUCACCUCUGUCUCCCAGUGCUGCACCAUUAGUAGCCUAAAAAAGGUGAAGGUGUGGCUGAACUGCGUGGGGAGCCAGCAUGGGGAGAUUGAGAUCUUCACUGCCAGGGCCUGCCGGUGUGACAUGUGCCGUCUCUCCCGCUACUAGUCCCUGGGUGGCCCAGGCUCCGGUCCUGCCACUGAUCUGCUAUGGGCAAAUCUCUCAAACGAGGGGCUGCUUCAGCUCUGACCCUCUUUAGAGCCAGCGAAGAUGGGCUUCCCUCCUUUUACCCGGCCUUCAGAGCAGUCUCACUGCUACGCUGUCCUUCACGCCUGUCCUCAAUAAAGCAGGCAAGGCUUGA